GUGGCGGCGGGCGGGCGGCGCGUGCCCGAGGUCGCGGGAGGAAGUGGCGGGGGAGGUCCCAGUCUCUCUCCGUGCCCGCGGCACCAUGAAAGCCGUGAGCCCCGUCCGGCACCCCGGGCGCAAGGCGCAGCCCGCCGGGGCGGGCGGCGGUGGCGGGCAUCCGGCGCUGCGGUGCUUGGCCGAGCACAGCGGCUGCAAAGGGGGCGAGGAGCCGGCGGCCCUGUGCCUGCAGUGCGAUAUGAAUGACUGUUACAGCCGGCUGAGGAGGCUGGUGCCCACCAUCCCGCCCAACAAGCGGGUCAGCAAAGUGGAGAUCCUGCAGCACGUCAUCGACUACAUCCUCGACCUGCAGCUGGCUCUGGAGACGCACCCGGCGCUGCUCCGGCAGCCGCCGCCCGCCCUGCACCCGGGCGGUUGUCCCGCGGGCACCCCGCGCACCCCGCUGACGGCCCUCAACACCGACCCGGCUGGCUCUGUUAACAAGCCGGGGGACAGCAUCCUCUGCCGCUGAGCGCCGCUGCCCAGGUGCACGGCGGGGGGCGGGCGGGGCGAUGCCCGUUCUGAGCCGCUCCCAGGCUCCGGCCGGCCCCCGUCUCCCCGUGCGCGACUCCCCGGCCCCGCUGCUCUUCUCUCCCCGCGGUGUUGGCGGUGGGGUCGGACCGAACAGGAGGAGCGGCGGCUCUGCCCCGGGACCGAGUGCGACGGAGGGACGAGCACGGCUCCACCGCGCAGCGCUGCCGACCUCCGGAGCGCGUAUAGAUAGACCUCGUCUAUUGUUUAAAAUAGAUGGCUUAUGGGGCCCGGGAACUUUUCUUCUCCCUGCAGGAAUGUUGCAUACUGUACAGAGAAACGAGUGACAUUUCAUACUGUGUACAUAGAGAGAUGUUCUAUAAGUGUGAGAAAAGUAUAUGCUUUAAUAGACUACUGUAAUUAUAAAAUAUUUUUAAUUAAAUAUUUUUUUGUAAAUAUGA